CUGUUUUCAGAUGCCUGCACAAACUACUGUCUGAACGAUGGUGUUUGUAAGAAGAACCCAGUGGGCUAUGUGGAAUGCGCUUGUAAGGAGAAUUUCAGCGGUGAACGGUGUGAAGUCCGUUUCCAACCAAAGUCUCAACGGGUAGCAAUGAUAACCGCUGGAAUCGGCGGUGUUGUCGCAAUACUUGUGGUCAUUGUUAUCGUCAUAUUUAUGAUCUCGUUCCGAUUCAAUCGAUCAGAAGUUGAUUUUGCCGAUAAGGUUCAAAUAGACGACUUGCAACAGUCAAAUUUCUUGUACGGACGGCCUGCAAUAGGUGCUAUAGAAGCGCCACGUCCGAUUGGCUUUUACUAUGAAGAUGAUGAUGAGUACGAGUCAAAGACAAUGUAUGUCACCCGGGACGAGGAGUCAAAAGAGGUAGAGCAACGUCGUCGGAUCGCUCAGCAGCACAUGUAUCGACCAGGACAAACGGAAUAA